UUAGGAAUCAUUCCUUACACUCUCAAUAUCAUAAAACUCUCUUUUACUAAAGUCAUUCUUCUACACAGUUGUCUUUGCUUGCUAAAAAUGUCGUCUAAGAUCGGAAAAUCCAGCAAGAUCCGUUGCAUUGUGAGGAUCAGUCAGAUGCUCCGACAAUGGAAGAAAAGAUCUCUAAUUUCUUCAUCUAAACGCAUAGCUCCUGAUGUGCCCGCCGGACACGUGGCGAUCUCAGUAGGAAGUAGUUGCCGGAGAUUCGUGGUGCGAGCGACGUAUUUAAACCAUCCUAUUUUCAGGAAGCUACUGAUUCAGGCGGAGGAAGAAUACGGUUUCUCGAACCAUGGAACCUUAGCUAUACCUUGCGACGAGUUGCUGUUCGAGGAAAUCCUUCGGUUCGUAUCUCGAUCCGGAUCAGGCCGUUCGAUUAACAUUGAGGAUUUUCAGAAAUCAUGCCAUGCGAGGUACAGGAAUAGUGUAGAGAAUUUUGGUGAUUCUCGGCCGUUACUUGGUGGAUCUACUGAAAAAUCUGUGUGUUAAAAUACUGCGAAAUUUGAUUAUUAAUUAGGAGUAGAAACUAUUUGUGAUCCUGAAAAUGGUGAUGGCGAAAAAAAGGCUUUUGAGGACUGAGUCAUCCCUAGUUGUUUUGUUGACAGACGCCAGAUUGUAAAGAGUGUCUGUUAUUCUUUUCUGAAGUUUAUAUUAGUCUCUCUUUUUUCUUUGUUCAGAAAAAGUUGUAAAAAUACAGUAAUUGAUACUACAAUAUACUACUCUUCAUGAAAUGAAAGAUUCUUACUUCUUAUCUUUUA